GCAGAUCCCGCGGGAAGCUUAGUGGGUUUCACUUCCCCCAAGUUGAGAAGAUGGCUGAUCCUUGGCAGGAAUGCAUGGACUAUGCAGUAACCCUAGCAAGACAAGCUGGAGAGGUGGUUCGUGAAGCCAUAAAAGGUGAAAUGAAUGUCAUGAUUAAAAGUUCUCCAGCUGAUUUGGUAACCGCUACUGACCAAAAAAUUGAAAAAAUGCUUAUCUCUUCCAUAAAAGAAAAGUAUCCAUCUCACAGUUUCAUUGGUGAGGAAUCUGUGGCAGCUGGGGAAAAAAGUGUCUUAACUGACAGCCCUACAUGGAUCAUUGACCCUAUUGACGGGACAACAAAUUUUGUACAUAGAUUUCCUUUUGUAGCUGUUUCAAUUGGCUUCACUGUAAAUAAAAAGAUGGAAUUUGGAGUGGUAUACAGUUGCCUGGAGGAUAAGAUGUAUACUGGCAGGAAAGGAAAAGGAGCCUUUUGUAAUGGUCAAAAAUUACAGGUUUCACAACAGGAAGAUAUUACCAAAUCACUUUUGGUGACAGAGUUUGGCUCUUCCAGAACACCAGAGACUAUAAGAAUUGUUCUUUCUAAUCUGGAAAAGCUUUUGUGCAUUCCUAUUCAUGGGAUCCGAGGUGUUGGAACAGCAGCUGUUAAUAUGUGCCUUGUGGCAGCUGGAGUUGCAGAUGCCUAUUAUGAAAUGGGAAUUCACUGCUGGGAUAUGGCAGGAGCUGGCAUUAUUGUUACCGAAGCUGGUGGAGUACUAUUGGACGUGACAGGUGGGCCAUUUGACUUGAUGUCACGAAGAAUAAUUGCUGCGAAUAAUAAAACCUUAGCAGAAAGGAUAGCCACAGAAAUUCAGGUGAUACCACUUCAAAGAGACGAUGAAGAGUAAUUGCAGCAGCACCACGUAGUCACAGCUGCUUCGCCCCAUAUUUGCGGACACACUGACGGUGUUUUAAAACUUAGGACGUCUGUUUCGCGUGUGUAAUAUGUUUGGUUUAAAUUAUUUGAUAUCCAGAUGAAAAAUUGCAUUUUGUUGUAUAUUUUACUAAGACGGAGUAUGAAAGAACAGAGGAAAUAUUUCAUUGUUUUAAAAUAUUUUGUGUGUAAGAAUGUGCUUUGGGGAAAAAUACACAGGCAGUUGAUGAGAGAAGUAUCAAUCACAUCAACUGCAGUAGUUAGCAAUUUAGAGUUUCUAAGUAUGUAUGAGCCUCUGAAAUUGACUAUGUGCAUAGCAUUCUUAGAGAGGUAACUUUUUGGAAAAGAUUUUCUCCUUAGUUCCCAAAGCCGUAUUUAAUUAAAUUUGUAAGUCUGUAAUGGGUACUUCCUAGACCAAGGUAUUUUUCUUUGCAGAGAACCUAGUUUGACUCGUCAGUGUAUACAUACCACCUAGCAGAGUAUCUGUCAAAUAUGGGCAAUUAAAAAAUAAGCAUUGAAAGAAUAAAUAUUUUGGAGGUAACAAUUCCUAAUUAUAAUAUACAUAAAGUAAUGAGCUCACUACUCUUUAUUUUUACUUUAGGUUUUAAAGUAAAAAUUAUCCCAUCAUCAUUUUCAUAUUUUACAUUAUCAUUCCUUUUAACAUUUCACAUUGCCAUACCAUUUCAAUUACCAUAUUGCCAGAUACCAUUUCUAAUUGUGGGCAUUUCUAUAGUUAAUAUAUUUUCUAAGACCCUGCAUGACAGUAUUUAUUUGGAUUCAAGAAGCUGUUUCAAAAAAGCAUUCUCAUCAGCUAUCUACUUUUCUACUAUAAUUGGAUACACUGUAAAAUUGUACUGAAUUCAAUAUUCAUGUUUUAAAGAUGUUCAUACUUCAUGGUUGUGCCAAGGAAAACCUAGAACUGGCAGAUAUACUUUAUUGUUAAUAUUGAACUAUGUUUUUUCCCCAAAUUUCUUAAUUUCUUUGCCACCAGAUUCGAUUCAGUCUUAAAAAAUACCUUAAUAGUCUUUGGCUUAUGAAACUUAAAGAAAAUUAUUCUGGUUUGUAGAUAUUUUAAAAGGUUAAUUGACUGCUUAGCCUUGUCCCUGGGCACUUGAACAGAGAUUUGUUAUGGUCUCAUGUGAGCCUUGUAUUUGAUAGAAUGAAAAGUGCAUCUGUAAACUAGGAGGUUAUUUUAUUGUUGUGCACAUCUAAUAUAUUUAAAAAUAUACUAAGAUUUGAGUAAUAAAGUUACUGUAUUUGUGCUGUUGGUCAUGUGCAGUAAAAAUAUCUUGUACUAUAUUACUCUGAGGUUAAUUUUUCAAUUAAAUUUAUUUUAAUUAAGACUAAUGAGAAAUUUUAAGUAAGUAUGAUUGAAUGUUGUUAAAAUUUGUAGUUUAAAGUACUUCUAGGUGUUUUGUGUUGAGUUGUAAAUAUUUGACAUUUGCAGUUGUGAUUGAAUAUAUGUUCUUGGGUUUUUUUUGCCUGCUGUUUUCCCAGCUUUUCUAAAAGACUUGACUUAAUUUUUUAUUCUAAAAGCAAUUAGAUAAUCAGUGGCUGAAAUUUCUUUGGAUGUUGAAAAAGGAUUGACAAGUGAGUUAUCCAACAAUAGUUUGAAAAUUUGAGUAAUAGUCCAUUUCUCCAACUUUUUUAGCAGUUUCUUCUAGUAUUUACCUCCAUCUUUUUAACGAGGGAUAUAUUCUGUUACAUAUUUAUGGGUUUUAUUCAUUAUCUGUUAACUUGCUGUUAUAGAAGAUAAGUAUUUUGUACUUUUAACUCA